AUGGCUUUGCUUGCUUAUUUUCAACUUAUCAGCGGCUGCCCUGAUCAGAGGGAAUGCAAUGCAAUAGCAACUCCCAAAAGGUUUUGUUAUGCCUUCUUAUCAGACCGAGCCAACCACUCUAUCUGCACAGUAGUAGCCAUUGAUCACACCAAUCUCUACUACAGAGUUUGCUCUGUUUGUGAGAAAACUCUCCCUGAAGCCACCCAUAAGAAUGCUACUAUUAAUUCUUGUUCUUCUUCAGCUUCUUUGCCUAUUUGUAGAUACUGCAACUUUAAGAAUGCCUUUAAUCCUGGUUCCUCUGGUUCCAAACGCCUCUUUAAAGUUCUUAUGUCUAUAGCUACGGAUACGAAGGUAUUUGUGGUGGUAAUGUUUGACAGGGCUGCGAGGGUUCUUUUUGGUUGCUCUGCUGAUGAGUUUUUUGAUUUUGCCAAGAUUCACCCUUUUGCUGCCACAACUGCAGGCAAGGUUCUUGAGGGAGAGAUGUUAAGAGUGAUGCUGUCAAAACCAAAGAAUGGAAAUGCACAGCAUCUACGUGUUGCCUCAGUUGUUCCCUUACAGUCUAGUUUUCAGCCAGCAAUUGUGACCUUGAGGAAACUGUAUCAAGUAAGAGGUGGUUCUUAAGUACGUCUGCCCCAUUUGUAUAUGCUUCACCCAUGGAGUGAUUUUUAAUUAUUUUUCUUUUGGUAUGCCACUUUUCUUUACUUGAAAUUUCUGGAUUAACUUUCAUUUUUGUUUCAAGUUAAAACAAAGUCUGUUGAUGAAUAUGAUCAGUUGAUUGGAAAAUUCUUUUAGGAA